AUGAACGAAAGUCGCGUGUCGUUAUGCUCCUUGGCUGACGUCCAGCUGAGGUUCUUGUGCCCGGGUGAUUUGGAAGAAGUGCGCGCGUUAUGCAGGGACUGGUUCCCUAUCGAAUAUCCUCUGUAUUGGUACGAGGAAAUAACGUCGGCGAACAGCAGGUUUUUCUCGUUGGCCGCCGUUUACAACCAAGAGAUCAUCGGGCUGAUUGUGGCAGAGAUCAAACGACAUGGCAGUUUGAACGAGGAAGAUCAGGGGAUCCUAGCGAAUUCCUUGGACGAAUGUGAUGUAGCUUACAUCCUAUCCUUAGGGGUGCUGGCAAAAUACAGGAGAAACGGCAUAGCCUCUCUGUUGUUAGAUUCACUGCUGAAGCAUCUAACUACCCCGGAAAGGAGGAAAGUAAAAGCGGUGUUUUUGCACGUUCUAACGACGAACGCUGCGGCUAUAAGGUUCUACGAAAGGAAGAAUUUUCGAUUGCACAAUUUCCUACCAUACUAUUAUUCGAUUCACGGCGAAUGUAGGGACGGUUUUAUCUACGUUUUGUACAUCAACGAAGGGCACGCGCCCUGGACAGUGUACGAUUACAUAAAGUUUAUGUGUAGCAAAGUCGUGAACGGUGUCGGCCUGGUGCCGUGGGUACUUUUCAGAAUAAACAGGGUAUUGCAUUGGGUGUGGAAACAACCUGCCACCGAGCAAAGGGAUGAGUAUUAG